AUGGCGGCCGUGUACUCCAAAUCACCAUACAGUCGCGUUAACGCCCACGAAGAAACCCCUGAAACUAGCGUCAGCGAUGGCGUUGAACUCCAAGUGCUGCGUGACGAGAGCAACAGCCAGGAUAAAAAGACGCACACCGAAGUCCCGCAAUCACAAUCGCGACGACCUCCGUUUCCAUGGCAAGGAGUAACGGCCUUAGUUUCCAUCGUUCUUCUCACCGCCGCUGCAGUGGGCGUGCUCCUAGCCAGCAACGGCUCGCCAAUCGAACGAUGGAAAAUACGAAACGUGAACACUCAGCCCCAAGUCUGGCUUUCGGUCCUUGCAACAAUAACAGAUGGCCUGACCAUGUUUGCCCUCGCAAAAGCCGCUGAGGCGACGUACUGGCGCGCCGCCGCCCGCGGGACCACGUUGCGCAAUAUGUACGACCUAUACGAGUUUCAUUCGCUCGUGGGCGCCAUCAACAACCUCGUCCGCCUACGCGGAAACAGACUGGCGGUAGUUACGCUGCUUUGCCUCGUGUCGGCGCUGCGCGGUCCGCUUUUUCAACGCGCUUCCGUCGUCGUGGGCAAUGCUACGUGGAAAACUUCAGGAGUACAGAAACUCAACGUCGCGCAACUUAUUCCACCGAUUUUUUUUUUGGACACACCCAUACUUAUCAACGGUAGUCUCAGUAAUGAAGAAUGUGGCGACGUGUGUAGUGGUAAAGUAAAGGGCUACGGUUUUGAUAUAAAAUGUUCCGAGGUGACUAAGAUCCCUUGGGACAUCUCAGGCAACAGCACUGUGAGACAGGAAUUCCAAGACAUGACGAACCGUAUUGGUGAUGCCGUUCCAGCGUUCAAUAGCUCGGCACAUUUGCAGGGCUUGCCGUAUCCUGAAUAUGCAAAUGCAACCGACUUCAUAGCAGCCGAGCAACGAGGCUGGUUUGAAGUAGUCAACUUGUUCAAGACUGAACCCAUCUGCGGAGGCGAUCUUUCGAUAAGUACGUGUUCGCUACAUCAUGCCGUGGUCGAAUAUGAGGUUUCCUUGCGGAACGGGACUAUCAGUCUAAGCCGUGAUAACUGGCAGGAGGACAAUGUGCUAUUUCAGACGCCAACCUGGCUUCUCCCUGAUCUUAUUAACCAAGAUACCACAUGGGGUCCAACCGUGCAGUGGGCCGCAUGGUAUUUGAGUCAGUUUAACCAAGAGAUAUCCAUAAACCCAAACAGAGAUGGCGGGCCCUUCGAGGGCGUGGACCCUCGCUUCCUCCUCGCAAAGCGUUUCAUAAACGGUACUAUAUCUGCUCCGAAUUGUAACACUACCUUCGGUGACCCCACUCAGUUUGUUCUCAACAGGCUUCGCGAGAUGGCAUUCCGCGUCGCCGUCGCCGUCGCCGGAAUCGCCGACAGAGAUGCACUAUUUGGGAGUCGUGCUCUGGCCCAAGAAGGCCUGCCCCUUACCCAGAACUGGACGCAAGGAAUCGAUGUCACUGGACAGAGAUCAGUGGUCGCACUUAGUGUCAGCAUUCCGUACUUGGUGUGUGCUGUUGUUUGCAGUCUUCUUGCUGUUGUAGCUAUUGUGCCGCUGUAUUGGGCUGCGAGGAGCGAGGAAUUGCGCCCGCUUUCGUUCAAUCCUCUCGAUGUUGCGCGUAUAUUUGAUGCACCACUUCUGCGGGAUGCUGAUGAGAAAGAUAUUGAGGGAUAUGUACGGAAAGAAGAUGGGGCAAGGCGGGUAAGGUAUGGAGUGAGAGGAUCAGCUGACAGUGAAGGCAUGGUGGCUGCAAGAAUUAUAUCCGAGGACAAAUAG